AGUCAUCGAGCGUACUCGGUGAAAAGUAAGGCCAAAGAUUUCAACAAGCUCCUUGACCAGAUCGGCGACGAGAAGACCCUGGCAUCGCAGAACACUCUAAAAUACGUGCGCAGAGUGGGUGCCGGGUCCAUUAUCAUAGUUAUAUGCUCAUUGUUCUGGGCCAGCUCGCUCACGGCCCCUGUAAAAGAAUCGCCUGUUGACGUUGGGAAUUUGGCCCAGGACGUGAGAGAC